AUGGAACGCCAACCAUUCAGCAUAGCCGAGUUGUUAGCAGGUAGUAAAGCACAAGAAGUUCCAGCCAUUGGAUCAGCGCAUCAACUUGCUGCUGGACUUCUCAGCAAUAAUGUGCUCAAUUCGUGUUUGAUGAUGACAUUUCUCUGGAACCAACCAAACGGGGUUACUACAGACGACGAAGGAUCAGUGAGCUCAUCUUCGACAAAACCGUCGCUCUCCUCUAUCGGUAUUUCUCCUGGCACCAAUGAUCAACAGCGAACCAGCGGAGUUCCAGCUGUCGGCUCAGCGCCACAAGCUCUUGCUGGACUUCCCACCAACAACAUGCUACCUUUGUGUUGGCUUAUGCCAUAUCUCUGGAACCAGCCAAGCGGGAUUCCUGCAGACGAUGAGGGAUCAACAUGCUCUUCUUCUACAACACCGUCGCUCUCCUCAAUCGGCAUUUCUGCUGGCACCAAGUAUCAUCAACAAGGUCCUGUGCAACAUUCUACCAAGCAGAUCAAGAGGUUGCUUCUUGACAGAAGAAAUCGCCAAAAAGCGAAGCUUAUCCCAAAGCCAGCUCUUCUACCAGGGACCGCGGAGUGCGAGCAGCGUUAUGAAGAAGCACUGAAGCACCAUCAGAGCUCACCAGUCCAAAAUGACAUAUUUCUGGCCAACCUGAUGUGCCUCAGUCUUUUCCAGCCGCUAGUUCCCAGUCGGUCCAUGCCACAGGAGGUUCCGUUCAGAGCAUGCACUGAUAUGGAUCUAUUUUGUGCCUGGAGACGGGAAAAGUGUGCGACCAGCUCGAAAAAUGCUAAAUUGGAGUGGAAAUGUCUCGCCGAGGACGCUAGGAGCAUGUGGAAAAAGAAGGAGGAGAUGGUGUUUGAGGAGUUCAUGGUGCAGGUGAAGGCGGGAUUCAUUCGCUUCCAGCGAACCAGUCGUCCCAGAAAGUUCACUGGUAAUUGA